AUGUCCCGAUCCGCAGCGGAUGCGACGCGGUUCACGGCCACGGGGCCCUACGCCAGCUCCAAGGCCGGCAGUGCACCCUACGAGCUCCCCAGCUUCAUGCAAUCAAAGGACAGCAGCAAGCCCAUCAAGCCCUCUGCGCCUCAGACCGGUCCCGAUGGCAAACCCGAGACACCGAAACAAAAAGUUGAGCGUCUUCGGGCGCAGGCACGGGCGGCCCGGAUGGCUCAACAGACCUCCGGCAUGGAUCGGUGGAUCGAGUCUGGACGGAAGUUUGCGAAUCGCGCACACAAAGGCAUGGUUUACACGUUGAUUGUGGCAUCUGGUGUAUGUGGUGUUCUGACAGUCUACUCCAUGGUCUCACUGACCCUCUACAACCGACGUCAACGCGCGCUGUGGAUCGAAAAGGAAGUCGAGUCUCUCAAGCAAGCCCGUCUCGCUCAGGCCAGUGGUACCGCCACCGCCGAACAAUUAGAGAUCAUCGAAAAGGAAGAGAUUGGGGAGAUUGUCAAGCGCAAGCGCGCCGAGGAAAAGGCACAGCGACCUUGGGCCAAGGCCAAGCGCUUCUUGUUCGAGAAGUUAAGCCCCGAGGAUGCUUCUGUCUCCUCGUCUGCCGCUGGCUCAGUCGCAGCUGCUUCAUCAAUGCCCGCUGCUAUUGAGAGCUCAACGCCCAGUGUGACCGAGGCCGUCCAGGCUCAGCAGGCAUUUGAUGAAGCCAAGACCAAGGCUCAGGCCACGUCUGGUGCGCCCGUACUCGUACCGGGACAGUUGGACGUUCUGGCAGAGAAUAUGGAGCUGGCGGCCAAGCAGAACACACGCAGUUGGACGAGUUGGAUUACUGGUCGAUGA